CUUAUAUCCUACCAUCACCACCACAAAAAAUCAAACAACUAGCACUAUUAAAUUCUCUAUUCCGCUUCAAUUAUUCAAAUCCUAAUUUCUAUACAUAUUAUCUUCUGCAAAUACAAAUGAGUUCGUCAAGGAGAGCUUGGUUGGUAGCGGUGAGCGUUGGAGCAGUAGAAGCACUGAAAGAUCAGGGAUUUUGCCGAUGGAAUUAUGGUUUCCGAGUUGUCCAGCAGCACGCCAAGGCAAAUCUCAGAUCUUACAUUCAGGCCAAAAAACUCUCAUCUACGGCGGUGAUGCCGACAAAGGGGCAAGACCAACAGUCGGAGGAGUCUCUUAGGAAAGUCAUGUACUUAAGUUGUUGGGCUCCCACUUGAUUAAUUUCAUCUUCUCAAUUUGUAUAUAUAUAUUGAACCGAAUUUGUUCUUCAACUUAAGUUUUUGUGUUCUCUCUCUCAUGUUAAAGGAUCAUUUUUGCGGCC